GGCCAAUGAAUAAUGUACAACAAUUUCACCAUAUCGAUGCAGAUCUGAGUGCUUCAGAUGAUGAGGUUAUAACACAUGUUGGUGUGGUUGCCGAACCACCAGCAGGUGAACCAGGACAGGAACCACUAAACCAAGACUCAGAUCGGGACAUAGAACCCUCAUCAGAUGAUCCUCCAACACCUCCAUUGAAUGAUCCUCCAACACCACCAUUGAAUGAUCCUCAAACACCAGCUGUAGUAACAAAAGACAAGAAAAAGGCACCAAAACAUGAUGGAUCAAGUUUUAGAAAAAGACGCGGAAGGAAAUCGCAGGUUGAAGAUGCCAUUGAUAAGUCUAUUUCUAAACUAAUUGAGGCACAACAGCAGCAGCGGGAUGAAUCAACAGAUGAACUAGUAAAAUUAGAACAGGAAAGGCUUCAAUGGGAGCAGUCAAUGGAAAGAGAGAGGGAACGCAGAAUCGCAGAGCAAGAGGCACGAGAACAUGAAUACAGAAUGCAACAGUUAGCUGCUGAUGAGAGAAGAAGAAAUGAGAACAACCAACUGUUGUUGCAAUUUGCACACAUAUUUGGGAAUGCAAUGCAAGGGGGUAGACAAAACAGCAACUAUGGGCAUGGUGGGCCAAGUAAUAACAAUGGGUCAACAUAUUGGCAUGAUCUGUAAUAAACUAAUGUCCAACUAGAUAACCAAAUGCAGUUACCUUGAACAAUAUUCUUUGUGUAAACAAAAACAGUUUUUCCUUGCAAAAGGGCAUUCAACAAUUACUGUACAUAUGCACAGAGUGGUGGUGUGUUAAAAUGCAUACACAUGCGUACAUGGUUGAGUGUGGGCCAGGUUUUAUGUAUGCAUAUUGUAUGUAGGUUAUCUAAAAAAUGUCUUAAUGAUUGAGAACAACAAUAACAUUGAGUAUGUACAGGGGUGGGUUAGGUGGUUGUCAAGCUGAAAGUACAAACAAAAAGGGUGGGGAUGGUCAAUU